GUAUUUCUUGCCUUCUUGGCUUGUCGUCAAUUUCUUUUUUGUGUUUAAGACUUAUAAGCCGGCUUCCACAAAACAGUCAGAAUGCAUUAAUUUGUUAUACCGCAGCUCAAUUUUUGGAUAAAAGCACCAUAUAAAGGUUUACUGCACUGUUCGCGAUCGGGAUAUUCUUAACGCUAUUGGUUAAUCUGUGCUGCGGGAGGAAUCAGCUGCAAAAUAACUUCGUGUGGAAUCAGUGGGAGCUGCUGCUCUGUGUACAUUACACUUCAUCCUGCCCCAGUGUUUCCCCCAGCCCGUUUUUUGUGCUUUUUUGCUGGGACACUCCAGGAUAACAGAACCAGCUAAACAGACUCCUUGCAGGGGUCUGUUUUAACCUGCAUAAAACCCACAAGAAACCCGAUAAAUACAAUCGGAGCCUGUAGGUAUACAAAUCCACAACCAACUGUGUGCGACAUUAGUUUUUUUUGCCCUUUCUGAAAUAGUUUGUCUUGGGUUACGUGGACCGCACAGCUUGUGAGGACGAGAGGAAGAAACGCCGGACGGCUUGGCUCCCUGUGCUGCGAUGUCUAAGAUACGAUAAAAAAAACAAUGAUUAAAAAACUUAACUGCGUUGUGUAAGGGUUUGGGGUUAUUGUGAUCGAUACAUCGCUACUGACUUUGAAGUGUACAGGGCUGAAUGCUGGAUCUGGUCCACAUCUGCAGAUUUGUGUUCUCCAGUCGAGCCCCCGGACACCCGGUCCCACCAGCCGUCGCAGUCAGACUGUCGUCCUGAGAAGCCCUCAGCUGCCCUGUUUACACUGAGUCAGGAACGCUGCUGCACUGCGUGUCCUUACGGAGCAGACUAAAUAUCCAUUUUACCUACGUUAACAGAGGAGAACUGAAGUAAUCUUGAAGUACAAUCAAGAGAGUCAUUGUGCAUUGCAAUGAAGUGAAUCUGGGUGAAUUGGGAAUCUUAUGCAGUGAAGAAGCGAGUUGCUGUGAUGUGCAGUGAAGAGAGUCGGGGUCCAUUGGGAAUCUUGUGCAAUGAAGAGGUGUCCACUUGAGGAAGUUCUCUCACAUGCUACCUGCACCCACCCCUGACUGGAGAUGUUCGUCUGUUCUACUCGUCCUCUAGACGUUGUACUCGCAUCUGCUCCAGCUCGCGCCAGAGAAACCUGCAGGAGAAAUGAUGGCCUUUCUCCUGACCUCUAGACUUUGUUGACCAUCUUAGCACCCCAAGAUGGAGGCUGGCUCAAACCACAGCGUCCCCUCCUGCCAUUCCUGGGAUUAAUCAUCCAGAGCUCCGGCCCUCGGCCCACGAUGCGGGGCCGGUCCGGUCGGGCCCAUCGGAGAUGCCCAUCACGCAGGAGAAUGCCUUGAGCCACCUUGUCCUGCUGGAGCACUGGCUGGCGGAGCAGGGGCCCGAAGGUGGGGGGCCCCUGUGCCAGGCUGCAGUCCGCAAGCUGGUGGCCUACAUCCAGCUGAACUUUGCAGAGGGUGGGUGUGAGGGCGAGGGGCCGCCAGCCUGGCCUGCGGACGCGGCAGAGGUGGCAGAUGUAGAAGUGCAUGCUGUCUGCCUCACCCGGCCACCAGAGGGCGCUGAGGAGUUUGGCCUCAGCUUUGGGAACAUCCCUAUAUUUGGCGACCCCGAGGGGAGAAAGAAGGGGAGCAGGCGGAGGCGCAGGAAGGGGGACAAGGGUCCCGUGCUGGAGGUGGGCUGCAUCUGGGUGACGGAGGUGAAGAAGAGGAGCCCUGCCGCCCUCUGCGGGGACAUCCGGCUGCGGGACGAGGUGCUGUCACUCAACGGCCAGCUGAUGGUGGGGGUGGAUGACACUGGCGCCAGUUACUUGGCUGACCAGUGCUGGAGCGGCGGAUGCAUCUACUUGAUCAUGCUGCGUCGCAUCAAACGCAAGGCCCCGCUCCCCCCCUGCGGCAGCGAUGGCAGGGGGGGCAGCGUGGGUGCUGUUGGCAAGCCCCAGCACAGCUGCCCGCCGGAGCCCAGGCCCAGCCCCAGCCCCAGCCCCACCCAGAACGGCAAGCGCACACGUAAACUGGGUGUGGUAUCCCGCUGCCCGCCCCCCCGAGGCCCCGCGCAGGAGAAUGGCUACAGCUGGCCUGCGGAGCCUCUGUCGCCGAUGCAGCUGGACGGCCUGGCGGAUGCCCACCCAGAGAGGGGGCAGAGGGCCACCCUGCCCGCGGGUCCUCAUAACCGCACCCAUAAUGGCGUCCUUGUAUCCACGCCCCCCACCCACCCACGACUACGCUACUCUGAGAGCUGUAAGAUCGAAACCAUGAGCGAGUUCUCGAGUCAGGUCAGGGAAGGCGGCCGUAUUUGGAAGAUGGACAUGGUGAAGGGGCAGGACGGCUUGGGCAUCCAGAUCACCGGGGGCCGCGGCUCCAAGCGCUCCCCCCACGGCAUCGUGGUGGCCCAUGUGGAGGACGGAGGUGCCACCAAGAGAGAUGGCCGGCUGAAGGUUGGAGAUGAGCUGCUGAUGAUCAACGGGCAGUCGCUGGUGGGCCUCUCGCACCAGGAGGCCGUGGCCAUCCUGCGCUCGGCGGUCGGGCUGGUCCAGUUGGUGGUGGCUAGCAGGGAGGAGUCCAAUGUAGAUUUCCUGAAGUACCCGUCCAGCAGUCUGCCGGACUUGGUGAGCACGUGCUCGUCCCAGGACGCAGAGCUUUUCCCCUCGGGAGCCAAGCAGAGGUUGGACCCGGAUGUGGAGGACGUGCGAGUCGGCAGCCCCCGCCAGUUGGCCCGUAAGCCGUUCCCGGAGGCGGAUAGAGUCCUGGAGCUUGGACGGACGGAGGAGCAGAAAGGGGGCUGUCACAGCCCAUCGCCCAUGAAAUUCAGAAGACGAUCCCAAGGUGGGAGCUGCCGCUUAGAGUCGGUCGGCGAGAACGACGAGCUGGUGGUGGAGAACGGGGACGCGGUCUUCGAGAUGCCAGAAGCCCGCGGAGUACGCAAGCACUCGCUGCCCCAACAGCCAGAUGCUGUGGGCCUCCGCCAGGAAUACAAAAUCAAGAAGUCAGCCCGGUCCCUCAGCACCAUUCAAGUGGAAUCGCCAUGGCGACUGGCCCAUCCGUCCAUUAUCUCUAAUAUCGUCCUGAUGAAAGGGCAGGGAAAGGGCCUGGGAUUCAGCAUUGUGGGCGGGCAGGACUCUGUCCGAGGACGAAUGGGGAUUUUCGUCAAAACCAUUUUCUCCAAUGGUGCAGCCGCCGCCGACGGAAGGCUGAAGGAGGGAGACGAGAUCCUGGAGGUCAACGGGGAAUCGCUGCAGGGCCUCACUCACCAGCAGGCCAUCCAGACCUUCAAGCAGCUGAAGAAGGGCGUGGUGACCCUGACUGUGCGGACACGCCUCAGUAGCCCGGGCCUCACCCCCAGCACUGCCCCCACCCCCCUCUGCCGCUCCCACUCCUCCGGGCCGAAAGCGCCCCCAAUACUGGGGGCCGAGGACACUGACGCCACCCCCCGCAAAGGACCUGGUCCCAAGGACCGAAUCGUAAUGGAGGUCGCGCUAAACAAAGAGCAAGGCGUGGGGCUGGGGAUCGGGGCCUGCUGCCUGACGCCAGAGAUCGGCGUGCCGGGCAUCUACAUCCACAGCCUGUACCCGGGCUCCGUCGCCAAGAUGGACGGCAGGAUCAGCCGAGGGGACCAGAUUUUGGAGGUGGACUCGGUGAGCCUACGGCACGCGGUUCUGAGUGAAGCCUAUGCCAUCCUGAGCGAGUGUGGUCCUGGUCCGGUCAGCCUCAUCAUCAGCCGACACCCCAACCCAAAGGUGUCGGAGCAGGAGAUGGAUGAUGUGAUCGCCCGCACCAUGCGCAGAGAAAGCUUGAGCAAAGAUGGCCACUCGCUAGGCCUGUCCUGCAAAGGUUCUUCCCCCACUGUGGCUGCCAAAAAGAGUGAUGGGUCCCCCCCUCUGAGCUGGACCAUGAAGAGGUUCCUUGAGCCAGCAAGCAGGGGGUCCCUGAGCUCAGAGUCCGACCUUUUUCCUCAGUACUUUCCCCAUGACGCCCCCAGCCAGUUCCCCCCAGCAGUUUCGAACCCCAGCACCUGUAGCACCGUUGAUCAGCCCACUGCGCUUCUUGGGGAGGCGAGCCAGCAGACCAGCGUGGGCAGCAGCACCGGUUCGGCCCAUAGCCCCGGUCCGGUCCGCAACCCACUCCGGCGGCAACUCCAAAUCGGCUGUUUCGAGGACGACGGCAACAAUGAGAGUGGUGACCAGCCUCCGCAAACAGAUAGCGACCUUUACAGGAAAGCCCAAUGUCCACAGUCUGAGGACAAGGUCAUCGUUGAGGGCGACGGCAGUGCGGUGGCCCCCUCCCCAGCAGAGGGCGCCGAGGAUGUGGACAACUCGGUGAAACAGGGGACCAGUCCUGAGUUCGAAUCCCUCGUCACGGGUAUAGAGUCACCCUUUAAGCCCACAUUUGCCUCUGAUCCUGAAGAAGCAGAAAAGAGCCACAAUCUGCCAGGACCAAGUGAUCCCCAGAUUGAAUCUGGACACACCCCUGAAAUGGAGGACAGGGGCACCAAGGACACCUUGAGGGACAUGUGUCCCCGCCCACCGCCCACCAACCAAUCUGAGGGCGAGGACUUCUCCCCCUCCUCAGGCCCAUACUGCACCAAGGCAGAGGUGAGAGAGCUGACUGGAAUCUGCACCGUUGAAAGGAUGGUCCUCCAGCGAAUGGAAACCGACUCCUUUGGACUCGACUUGGAGGUCACGUCCUCCCCAUUGAAAGUGCUCAUCAAGGGUGUACAGCCAGGGGGCGCCGCAGAGAGGGAAUCUGCGAGUAAAAUCGCUGUUGGAGAUGAAGUCGUGGCCAUAGGAGACACCGAGGUCUCCGCCUCCUCUUACCAGGACCUCCACGGCCUUAUGCAACGUCUUCCCCUGACUCUAACCUUAGAGCUUAAGAGGCCAAUUUCAGCUGUAGAUCAACUGUCUAAGCAAUCAGGCACAGGCAGCAUUUCCAAAAUGGAGAACACUACAACACAGCUGGGGAAUCCUGAGGGUGAAUUGAGGAGAGAGGACACCCCAGGUGUAGGAAGCAAUUCCAUGGAGAUUAAUUCUACACAAACUGUUGAAACACAUUACAGGGAUGAAAUUCCUGCCACCGACAUCGACAAGGAGUUGAGGUCGCUGGAGGAGACCCUUGAAAGUGCAGACACAGUUGCUGCUGUAACUUCACAUAUUAAUGGAACAACUACCUCAGCAGAGGAUAGUAACACACUAAUUAGCAGUGAAUGUGGUACUACUCAACCUUUGACCAGGCCUAAUGUUCUCGAUUUCUCUCUUUUGGAUCCAAGAAGUAAGGGCCUACUGUUGCCUGUCCAUAAAGAAUUUCUGUGUAACUACUCUAGAAAUCUAAGCGCCCUCAAUGAUAAGGAAACUUCUGAGAGUAAGCACAGAAAUAGUGAUUCUUCAAAGAGCAUGUACAGUGAACUGGACAGCGAUUCCGAAAGCGAUUCUGCCACUGAAAAUUCUCAUCAAGGAGAGGGCACAAAACAUGUCAAUCCUCGGCCAUGUGCUGGCGACGAGGCGGCCGACGAGGAAGAGGAGAAGGUGGAGAUCUGCCAUGUUGACUCCAACCCUUCUGACCAAUUGAGCCAAACAACGGAUGGCAACCUCAACGAUGGACCUUCAUGCACUCUACCUGGGAAUGUGAGCUCAAGCGACCAAAGUUUGAGGAUAGGGAACUCUUCUGAUGUCUAUCAAGGGGAGCCUCUACUUCAGUUGCAGAAAAAAGAUUCUAACUGCAUUUCCUCCUGUCAAUCAGACCAAGAACUGACCAGGAAUCAGUCUAAGCCUCUGCAUCAUCAAUGUCCUCCUGUGAUAUCCUACUCCAACGAGCAUGUGCUUAAUGGAGUAAACCCAUCGGUAUCUCCCAAAAAACCACUCAACUCUCAGAAUUCUCCAUCCAUCGGUAUUUUUUUCUCAUCAGGACAAGAGACUUUAAAAAGCAAAGAGAAUACAUGUCAGUCAUCCAGUCAAGUGAUGGCACCACCAAGAAUAAGAAGCUGUGAAAACAGCAGUAAGAUGUUGUGUCAGAAGGUGGUGACGUUCUACACAACAUCAGUGACAGUUCAGCCAAAUGAACCAUUAUCUUCAGAUAAAGCUUCUCAGCUGGAACUGUCAUCCGCUCUAGCAGUUACAGAGUCGAAUGGUCAUCUGAAUAGCGAAGACACAUUCCUCCAAAGUGUGUCAACUAAAUCUACUUCAGAAGACAAGGUGGCAGAGAAAGCGGAAAUUAAAAUUGACUCAAAAUCGUCUGCAUCACAGGUACAAAGUAAUUUUGGGAGAAGUAGCUCGGUGAUGUCGUCUCAUUCCGCCAAUGGUGUCAAGAGAGACAAACCAGAAAUAGUAAGCAACUUGGUAUCAAAAUUGAUUAGUCUCAGUAAUAAAACCGGAAACAAUGUGAAAGAAGCAUUCCUUGUUAAAGAGAAAAAAGGUGAAUGUUCUGAGCUGAAUACUUCAUCGGUUCCUCCCCUCCAGUCUCCUGACCUCCAGUCUAAGACGGUUUCCCUCAUAAACAGUCCACAGGAGAAAACCGCCCCUCAGUCACCAAAUAUCUGUGACCAUCAACAGAACAAGACAGUGCCCAAGCCUGGGCAAACACAAGAAACUACUAGACUGCAGACAGACAAUGUCCCUGGGGGACAAUUUGGGGACAAAGGGAAAAAAUCCACGGCUCACAACACAAAGGGAAACCUGGACUCCAUACAGGAUGACCCCUCUUCUGAAACCGUUUCAAAACCUGAUAACAAGCCGAGAUCAGUCACCACUCGAAGGAGCUUUAUUGAAGUGCGACUCUCUUCCCCUCCCAGUUCUUCAGUGUCCACACCUGUUCUGAGGCAGAAGGGAAUUCAGGAAUCAGUCAUUAAAACGGACUCAAACUGUACUUCAGCGCUGAGCAAGAGGAGUCUCUCAGGAAGCAAAGAUACACAGACUUCUCAGAACAGCCAGGCGGAAUCUCCCACUGCUUCGGGUGGAAUGCGUCAGUUCAGUGCUCUUCCGGAUAAGACAGAGCUUGAUACAGAGGUUUUAUUAGAAAAUAACCAUGUCUACCUGAACAGAAGUCUGGUAGAUGAAGUCUUCAAACCUCAUAAUUUAACAGAGAAAGGUGACGAUCUUAAUGUCAGCCAAACUAAACCGUACUUUCCCAAGCUGGCGCGUCGAAGCUACUCCACAGAUUGUAGCAGAACCCAAGACUCCAAUUCUUUCUCUGUUCGGCAAAGAAUUAAAUCCUUCGAGAAUCUGGCCAGCUUUGACAAGCCCGUUGUCAGGAGUAUCGACACGCAGUACUAUGCCCUUGCUUAUACUCCAAAACCUCCUCUGAGCAGGAGGCUGUCUGGUUAUGCCGGAUGCGGAAGUUCGUACUCCGUCGACAGUCAGGCCUUCAGGAGGAGCGUUAACUCGAGGAUCUCCAGCCCACCCACCGAUGCGCUUACAGAGAAGAAGCCGGUCACUGCUUCUCAGCUGGAGCCAGCUCCCGUGGCACAGACGCCCCCCGUAGUUCGCCGGAGAACAGCCCGGGUCCCUUCCAGCUUGUCCCGCUCCAGACUCAGGGAAGUGAGGGCACUGAGCAUGCCAGACCUGGACAAGCUUUGCACUGACGAUUUUUCGAGUGAGGAGGUCGUGGGCACUUUCAAGACUGAGCCCACAAGGGGCGAUACCGGCCUGUCAGAAUGCCUCAAUGGCUCUAUCUCUACCUCUUCCAAAACCUCAUAUCUCCCAAGGUCUGGCCCAAAUGAGAAAUCGGAACCAGGAUCGACAGUCAAAGAGGUCUCCAUUCAGGAAAACUGCAGUGACCAGCAGGCUCCUGGCAGCUGGUCAAUCAGUCUGAGAGCACUGAGCACCUCGGCGCCGACCCAGAGCAAACUGCAGCACCUGCUGAGCUCCUGGGACCCCAAAGCAGAUGUGUCAGCCCUGAUCCGGGAGGCCGAGGCCCUGGCAGAGGACAAAGACGAUAUUUACUUUGUGGUCUUGACUAAAGACGAAGGCUCCGGUCUUGGUUUCAGCAUUGCUGGAGGACUGGACUUAGAGCAGAAAUUCAUCACGGUCCAUCGAGUCUUCUCCAAAGGGGCGGCUGCAUUGGAAGGUACCAUUCAGCGCGGGGACUGCGUAGUGUCCAUCAAUGGCACUGCCCUGAGAGGGACCCUACACAGCGAGGCGCUAUCUUACCUCUACAAAGCUCGACGGCCACAGCAGGCGCUGAUCAUGGUCCAGAAGGUGAAGAAUGAGGAGUCGUCAUCCCCCCAGCAGGCCCAGUCCGGUAGAACCAGAAUACGGACAUUAUCUUCCAGUGAUGUAGCACUAGAAGCAGGACCUGCUGUGCAGGCGGAUCCAGAUGGAGCACUGAGUGUGCAGCUCCAGAAAACCUCAGCAGGCUUGGGCUUCAGCUUGGAAGGAGGGAGAGCUUCUGCCCAAGGGGAUAAGCCUCUUAUUGUCAAGCGCUUGUUCAAGGGUGGCUCUGCAGAGCAAUCAAGGGCCAUCGACGUCGGAGAUGAAGUUCUGGCCAUCAACGGGAAGCCCCUGCAGGGUCUGAUGCACUAUGACGCCUGGAACGUCAUCAAAGCUGUGUCCGACGGCACCGUCCAGCUGCUGAUCAGGAGACCGAGGACCUCGGUGUGAGGCGGGCGUCCCGACACCGGGCCUGACUGAAGGCGCACUGCAGCGGACGCGGACCCACCAGUGUUAUAAUAAAAGGACUCGGCUACAGAUCAUUUCAUACGCAAACUGCACCUUAAUCCGACAAAAGUAAACAAAAUGAAGAUUUCUCGUGUAGAGGUUAGAAAAAAAGAAAAUAAACAUUUUUAGAGACUAACAUCUCCCAUCACAGACGGUACGGACGACGUGUUCAGUGGCUGCACAGGGCACCUCUGUCUGACUGUGCUGCUUGGUUAGUGUGUCUAAAGCGCGUAACCUGACCACACGGCAGCCUGUGAGAUUUUCACAAGGGCGUUUUUUUCUUUCUGGGACACGACGUAAAAUGCCUUUGGUCCUGCAUUCCUGACCCCGUGGCCAAUGGGGGACACCUGAUGCCGGCUGGUGCCGGGCGGCUUUUUCGUAAGGGGCUGACCUUGGGAAUUGGUCCCAGGGAGAAGCUGAUCAUGAGACCCGAUUUUUCAGAACUGAAUUCCCUCGGUUGACCUUCCGUACUUGAAAUGCUCCUGUAUUCGUAUUUAAGAAUCACCAGAGGGGGGAGGAAAGGACACUGAUUCCAAUACUGAUUUUUGUUAAUAUGUAAAAACUUUUCUGUAAAAUAAUAACAGUGUGCUUAUUUAGAUGACAGUAUGCUUAUUUGUUAUGUAUGUGAUUUACACUUUUGACAAGUGUAUCUAUUGUCCCUCUUAGUGUAAAUAGGCAUUGACCAGUGAGGUUCAGCUGAGGUCUGCCAGUAAAGAAUAAGAUUCUACCACUUUUGAUUGAGCUCGGUCAAAAUAGCAUAAUUCUCUGAACUAACGGUUAUAAGCCCUGUAAGAUUCAGAAUUCCACAGUACUGCAGACAUGCAAAUAUGAGAUUCCAAGGCACUAUAUUUCUGUCAUUUAUUUGUGCAAUUUUUUUUUUGCGGAUUUUUUUUUUAAACAUAAGCUGUUUUUCUGCAUUUGUAAAUGAUGAUAAUAAUAAUAAUAAUAAUAAUAAUAAUAAUGGGGGGCGGCAUGGUGGUGCAGUGGUUAGCACUGUUGCCUCAAACCUCCGGGACCCGGGUUUGAGUCUCCGCCUGGGUCACACGUGUGUGGAGUUUGCAUGUUCUCCCCGUGUCGUCGUGGGGUUUCCUCCGGAUACUCCGGUUUCCCCCCACAGUACAAAAACAUGCUGAGGCUAAUUGGACUUGCUAAAUUGCCCGUAGGUGUGCAUGUGUGAGUGAAUGGUGCGUGAGUGUGCCCUGCGAUGGGCUGGCCCCCCAUCCUGGGUUGUUCCCUGCCUCGUGCCCAUUGCUUCCGGGAUAGGCUCCGGACCCCCCCGCGACCCAGUAGGAUAAACGGUUUGGAAAAUGGAUGGAUGGAUGGAUAAUAAUAAUGAUAAAAUGUAUGUUUUUUGAGGGUUAAAGGUUUUCUGGAAGACUGUAAGAAAUGAAUGAUGUAAUUUCAUUCCAUGAAAUCACACUUUUUAGGCACAACAAUUGCACCAUUAUUAUUAUGCAAAACAGUCACGCAGUACCUUAGUGAAGAGGCCAGAUCACAGAUGUUCUCCGUAAAUCGUGUACAAUCCCCAGAUAAGAAUGUAAAUUAUAUUCAUCCAGUUCUGUUAAAUAUUGUAAAGUGUGCGUAAGGUGUACUAUAUUAUAUUCUUUUUAGCCAUUUUUUUAUUGUGGAUUUUGGAUUUUCAUUGCUUAUUUGAGUAUGUGGUGACAAGAUAUUUUGUGGAUUUAAUCUGUAAAUUGGACCCAUACUAAUAUAAUGAUAUCAGAUUAAAUUUAAGCUCUGUGGCUCUAAGUCAUAUGUUUGUAGUAUUUUUCAACAUGCCGCACCAGUCGCUAUUAAAAAAUAUAUAUUUUUGACUUGCUGUGUAGAAUAUUAUAUUGCACAAUAAAAUGACCGGAAAUGUCUCUUAAAUAUAUUUUAAGUUAAGAAAAUCGAUUCAAUAAAUUAGUUUAUUAUUGACUAUUAAGCAGGUGAUAUCUGUGAUGUUUCUGAGUGACAUGAUAGAGCUACUUUCAGCUUCCAGGUUGUUUUUAUUCAUGUCAGAUUUCCUGUGAUGCGGAAUUCUGAAGAUGCCUCCUCAUCAUGUACCUUCAGCGCGACAGACAAUGUGCUUGAUGCAGAAUUCAAAACAGAACUUGCGAAUAAAAUGGUAAAAUCGCUA